AUGCUGCGUCGUGUGCCCCUGCGCCUUGCACGCCGCAAGCACGGGCAGGCGGCGUGGUCGCCGAACAGCACGAGCAGCGGCGCUGCGCCGACGAACGGGAUCACCGCGCAGGAGGCGCUGCAGAUCGCGUACCGGCCGAUGCCGCCGGCGAACACGGUGGAGUACGAGGAGGACUUCGGGCCGAACAUGAUGAUCCACCGCGAAUUUGUGUCGUCGAGGCACCGCACGCGCAUGGCGUCGGACAUCUCUGCGCUGGCGUACAGCGACGUGGAGCUUGCGCGGGCGCGUCAGCAGCUCGCGGGCGUGAUGAACCGCGAGCGGCGCGGCGCGCUUGUCGGGAGUGGCGGCGAGGCUGGCGACCGCGUGCUGUUCAACUCGGACGUGGACGAGACGACGCGGGAGGUGAAGAGCGCGCGGUUCCUGUUCAACGAGCAGCGCAUGCGGUUCUGCGACCGCUUCCAGACGUUCUUCCGCGAGCGCAUGGUGCGGCGGGCUGCUGGCGGCGCCGGCGCCGGCGCGGACGAUCACCCCUACUUCUCGCUGAUGGAGGCGUGCGCGGUGCUGCACGGGUGCGAUACGGCCGACGCGCGCGAGGUGUACUACCGCCGCUUCCUGGGGCUGGACCUGGACACGCUGGAGGCGGAGGAGGCUGCCGUGCGCGCGCGCGCAGCGGAUGCGGCGGAGGUGGGCGCGCGGCUGACGCGGGAGGAGGCUGGUGCUGGAGGUGGCGCUCUCGUGGCUGCUGCAGCUGGCGGUGCCGGCGGCGCGAGGAGCGCGACGGACGCGGUGCAGGACAUCAUCGACGCGCUUCCGCCGCUGUUUCCGCGGCCCGCGGCUGCGGAGGUAGGGGAGGCCGGCGAGGCGGUUGCCGAUGCGCCGCCAGCGCAUGCCCGGGCCGAGGCCGCCGGGGAGCUGCCUCCUGCGACGGCGGCGGCACCCGCGCACCUUGCCGAGGACGCCGCGCCGCUGUACAAGGCGUACCUUGCGCAUGCGCGCGGCGAGAGCCCCGUGGGCUCGUACGACGUGACGACGCUGGGUGCGCACGCGGCGCACGCGGAGCGGCGGCGGUGGCGCUCGCUGAUGGACAAGAUCGCUGCGGAGGACUACCACGAGCUGACUGCUGCCGAGCUGGAGGACGCGCACGUGCUGAACGGGCAGCUGCACACGGUGAAGUUCUUCGACCUGAAGGUCGGGGACACGGUGCGCGAGAUCGUGCAGUUGCUGGAGCGGGAGACGGGGUCGAGCGCGUCCGGCGACCGUGACGUGCCUGUGGAGAUGUCGCCGACGCACCCCGAGCGGCGCGUGUGA